AGGGAAGUGCCCGUUUUGAGACAGGGUUUCUGCAGGUCCCUAGAGGGGGAUGGCACGCGGGGCCGCCCAUGUUCUACCGGGAGGGCUCCUCGUAAAAAAAUCCGGCUUUCUCUCCCUCCCUCCCCCCUUCCCACUCUGUCUUCUCUUCUUUCUGUCUCUCUUUCCCCCCUUCUUUCCUCUCUGUCUCUAAUUUUCUUGACAACUAGAGGAGGCAGCAGGAAUAUUGUACCUGAUGGACAGAAUGACAGAAGAUGCCCUGCGUCUGAACCUUUUAAAGCGGAGUUUGGACCAAGCCGAUGACCGGGACGAUGUUCUGGCCAAGAGGUUGAAAAUGGAGGGCCAUGAGGCCAUGGAGCGCCUCAAAAUGCUGGCCCUACUGAAGCGCAAGGACCUAUCAGGCAUUGACGUCCCCCAUGAGCUCCCGGUGAAGCAGGAUGGGGUGAAAGUAUAUGAAGAGAAGCUGAAUGGGAGCCUGAGGCCCCAUGCAGAUGUCAGGACUGCAGGGAGGCCGGGGAAGGAGAACAUUAAUGAUGAGCCAGUGGACAUGAGCGCAAGGAGAAGUGACCAGGACAGGGGUCGGUUAACCCCCUCACCAGACAUAAUUGUCCUUUCCGAUAAUGAAGCAUCAAGUCCCCGUUCCAGCUCUCGGAUGGAAGAAAGACUCAAGGCAGCAAAUCUCGAAAUGUUUAAGGGUAAAAGCCUAGAGGAGCGGCAGCAGCUCAUCAAGCAGCUCCGGGAUGAACUGCGGCUGGAAGAGGCGAGGCUGGUGCUGCUGAAGAAGCUGAGGCAAAGUCAGCUGCAAAAGGAGAAUGUUGUACAGAAGACUCCUGUUGUCCAGAAUGCGGCAUCUAUUGUCCAGCCAUCGCCUGCUCAUGUGGGGCAGCAGGGACUGUCCAAGCUUCCCUCCAGGCCUGGAGCUCAGGGGGUCGAGCCUCAGAAUUUAAGAACAUUGCAGGGUCACAGUGUCAUUAGGUCUGCCACAAACACGACCCUCCCUCACAUGCUGAUGUCGCAGCGUGUGAUUGCUCCAAACCCUGCCCAGUUACAGGGUCAGCGCGUUCCUCCAAAACCUGGCCUCAUCCGCACUACAACUCCAAGCAUGAAUCCAGCCAUCAACUACCAGCCGCAGUCCAGUUCUUCUGUUCCUUGCCAGCGCACGUCGUCUUCAGCCAUCUACAUGAACCUUGCCUCUCACAUUCAGCCCGGGACCGUGAACAGGGUCUCGUCUCCGCUGCCCAGCCCCAGUGCUCUGAACGACGCUGCCAACUCGCAGGCUGCUGCCAAGCUUGCCCUGCGCAAGCAGCUGGAAAAGACGCUGCUGGAGAUUCCACCCCCAAAACCACCAGCGCCCUUGCUGCACUUCCUGCCCAGUGCGGCCAACAGUGAGUUCAUCUACAUGGUGGGACUGGAGGAGGUGGUGCAGAGCGUCAUCGACAGCCAAGGGAAAAGCUGCGCCUCCCUUCUGCGCGUGGAGCCCUUUGUGUGUGCUCAAUGCCGCACGGAUUUCACCCCGCACUGGAAGCAAGAGAAGAAUGGGAAGAUCCUGUGUGAGCAGUGCAUGACCUCCAACCAGAAGAAGGCGCUGAAAGCAGAGCACACCAACCGGCUCAAGAACGCCUUCGUGAAGGCCCUGCAGCAGGAGCAGGAAAUCGAGCAGAGGCUGCAGCAGCAGGCGGCCCUGUCCCCCACAGCCACACCUGCUGUGUCCAGUGUCAGCAAGCAGGAAAACAUCAUGAGGCACCAUACGCUCCGACAGGCCCCGCAGCCCCAGAGCACUUUGCAGCGUGGCAUCCCCACAUCUGCCCGCUCCAUGCUUUCUAACUUUGCCCAGGGCCCCCAGCUCUCUGUGGCAGGUGGUCUUCUUGGUAUGCCAGGUGUUAACAUCGCUUACCUGAACGCCGGGAUUGGAGGUCACAAAGCGUCGAGCUUGGCGGAUCGGCAGCGGGAGUAUCUUUUAGAUAUGAUCCCACCCCGGUCUAUAUCGCAGUCCAUCAGCGGACAGAAAUAACUCCGGCUGCCCCUCCUUGCCCACCCCACAUCCGUCGCAUGCAGUGCCUGUACUGGUGCCUACCAUACAUGGGGAAACAGACAACAGAGAAAACCGAAAACAACCCAAACUUGAGCGCCCUGUCCUCCCCCCCAGCUCCUCUCUGGGUUUCUACCGCAGUCAGAGGCCACUCCCCUUGCCAGAGGUCAGAGCAGUGUCUGCUUGGAUCAGCACUGGACGUGUUCCUGCUUGUUUUACGCUAUUUUUUUUGUAAUGACAAAGCCUAGAAUUUUUCAUUGUGUUGUGUUUUCGUUUUGGGUUUUUUUUUUUCGUUGCUCAAUGGACAGUUAAAACUUUUUUCCUUUCCAGAGAUUUUUUUUUUUUUUAUUUUUUGAAGGGCAUCCCCUGUAACAUGACCAUUUGUAAAGGGUAGCCAUGCUGACUCGAGGGAAGGCGGGGGAGUGGGAGUUGUGUGCUGGAGCCUGGACAGUUGCCCUCUGCCCUGGGCAUGGGGGGCACCUGGGACUCGUCCUCCAAGAGAGGUAAGGAGAGGUGCUGGACGCAGCCACCCCAGGCGAGGCUGUGACAGGUUGGCCCAAUUUGCACGUGGUCUCCCUGGAGGAAGGCAGGUUGGUCCAGGAAGGAGCCAGCACUCAGUUCAAUGCAUCUGCCCCAUGCGGCCAAGCUGUGAACUCGCUGGAUCAGCUCAGGCGUGGGCAGGCAGCGCCUAGAGGUCCCAUUGGUUGUGUUCGUGCAGAGGGUGCCAGUGAAGCGGUGCAGGGCCAGCUGGGUGGCUCCCUGUCAGACAGCCAAGCCGACGGGUGUGGGCAGUGCCAGGAACUCGCCGUCCCACAGUCCUGAGCCUCCAGUACCGCGGCCCGUGGCAUCAAAAAGUGGAGAGGUGGAAGGUCCGUUGUGGAUUGUGAACUACCAAAGGGCACCAUGGCCUCGGUGCAUGCCCAAGAGCUGCUCCACGUCACUUCCCCCACGUGGAAGCAACAGCCAGGCCUGACUCAAGUAGAAAUGCAGGGCAAGGGUCAGAGCAAAGGCCUGCAGCCCGGGUGUGCGUCCUGCAUGGAGGCUUGGACAAGAAUGGUGUCAGCUGACCUGAGGCACGAGCAAGCUGGGAACAUGGUCUGGAAAAUGCUCCUUUUGCACUUCACUUCCGUGGCAGAGGUCCCUGCUGCCCAGUGCUGCGGAGCAGAGGCGCUGACCCCAGCCAGGACGCGGCUGUGCAGGGUGCUGGGGUGAUGCAGGCAGGAUGUGGAGCUCCUCAAGCCUGCCCGUGGCUGCUCUGGUUAUCAUGGGGAGACCCUUGUUGGCCAAACAGUUACAGAUCCCAGUGAGGGAUGUGCCUGCAGCUGCUGGUGCAGAGGGAAGGAGCCUGAGCCCUGCGUUCAGCCAGAAGAAGCUCUUGAACAUUUUCGGGCCUUGCUGGCGUCGAAUGAAUCGUGAAAUUCUGCAUGAAGCCCGUAGAAGCUUCUGCCGGCACCUUUCUUCCUGCAGCAGCUCCCAGCCAUUGGUGCCAUCCCUCCUGGCUCAUGGGGCUGGUUCCUGCCCCCCGCCCAUGGUUACAGCUGUGAGACCCAAACUCCGUGGCUUCCUGAAGGGGCAGCUGCCUUGGGGGAGGAUCUGCUGAUGCUUCGGAGGCUGCCUCUUUGCGAGCCAGCAGGGCUUCCCCAAAACCCAGCAUGCAUUGCCUCUGCCUUGGAGAAGAGGGCUUGUACCGCAGCACGAGCACUGGGCACCCGCCUGCACCAGCUCCCUUGUGUCCCAUCAUCUCCGGCCCAGGGCUCUGCUGGCACCACAGGCCUUUCCCCCAGGUCUUUGCUUCCAAGAACCACUCCCCUUUCUCCUGAUUUCUGCAAGCACUUACCCAGCCGUGGCACGUGGAUGCCUUCAUGGCUGGGGCCCUCUGAGGUGAGGGUGUUCCUGGGGGCAUGCGAGGCGCAGUGGCACGUAUAUAUAUAAAUCUAUAUUUUCUGUUCUUGGUUUUUAAAAGAAUAUUGUUUAGCUGGCCCCAGGAGGUGGCCAUUGCCCCGAAAGAUGUCUCUCUCUCUCCCUGCCGAGCUCGGACGGAAGCACUUUGCUGACUUGUUCCUUCUCCGUCAGUCGCCCUGAGACGCUCUCGCCCACUUGUUCUUCGUUUCCCUCCCCCUGUUCAAGUGCCAUUCUCCCCCAAUCAGGUGUUGCCAAGAGGUACGAGGCGACCCGGGCGUAUUGGUUGAGAUGAAAGUUUAAAGAGAGAAAAAAAAGAAAUUAUAUAGAAAUGUGCAAUAGUUCAUGACGAGUCCCUCCCGUGGGGCUGGCGGAGGCCGUUUAAUGUCAAAGAUCAAGAUACUGAUCGUGGUGCUAAGUGAAAUGCUCCUGGGCCAGGGCCCAGAGGCCCCCGGACCCUGACCCCCUCCAUCGGCUGCAGCAGGUGGCAAAAAAGGCUUCCCCUCGGCCCAAUCCUGCGGCAGCCCAGGCCCUCGGUUGCCAGUGCAGCCUGAGCUGCUGCUGCCAGACCCCAUUUCCCUCCUAGGCCUGGAGAUGGCGUGGCCCAGCCUUGUGUGGCACUGGGGAGCAUGGGAAGUGGGCGGCAGGGCCAAGGUGGGGCCCCAGGCUGUGGGUGCUCUCUCCCUCCGUGAGCCAGCGUGGAUUCACAGGUCAGGCUUGUGCCGUCCCUUCACAGUGCCACGUCCUGCCUGCGUGGCUGAGGGGUGCAGAGGCCACGCGCCCUUGCUGCAGCCGCAGGAGCGGGCAUGGCUCCACCAGCACUGCGGGGCCAGGAGUUUGGGCACCUCUGGGGUGAGUGCUUCCUGUCCCACGUGGCCGCCCUUCGCCGUCCUGACGGGGAUAGCCCAGGCCCUGCUCGUUGCUCCUGCCUCGGCCUGUAGCAAUGCCCUGUGGGCAGGAGGGCACGGUGGGGCCUGUUCCCCAUCCCCUGCCCUGCCCUGCCCUGCCCUGCCUAUUAAUCUCUGUCUAAGGGGAAUUAAGAUGCUUGCUUUGUCUGUGAUCUGCACAGGUUUCGAUUUAUUUUGUCUUGACCACGGCACGCGACCCACCCCCACCCCAUACAGCCUCCCCCUUCCCUUCUUAAUGGAUGUGAUGUAUGGUAGAAAAUCGUCUUUUUUUUUCUUUCUUUUUUUUUCUCUUUUUUUUUUUUUUUUUUUAGAUACAGAAAUAAGGGUUUUUUUCCUGCUUUUGUUUAGCUUUUCUUUUACAGCUAGGUGUAGAAGCCGCUUGUGAAGACGCUUAUCGGGGUUUAUUUUUUGUUCUCCGUUCCUCCAGAGGCAUAACCCAUCUCCCCCUCCCCUCCUUUCUCUAACCCCCCAUCCCUUCAUUCCCCACCCCCCAUCGCCCCCUGACAAUUAGCUUAUGAUAUUGCUGCCGACAUGUUAUAACAAGGACUCAUUCAUGUAUAUAAGCUAUUUCUUGACACAUUUAAAAGAGAAAAAGAAAAAAAAUUGUACAUUUGUGUAGAAAAACGAAGCCAGAACAGCCUAGCCAUGGGUAUUGUGACCGUCGUUGCGUCCUUUUGUAAUGUGACCUCUCGUGUAUGACAUGAAACGUGCAAAAGGGUGGUUUCCCGCGGGGUGGGGGCAGGUGGCUGCAGGGGACAGAGAUGCCAGGGGGCGGCUCCCCUCACCCCUGCCUGCAGCAAUGCACUGGUGGCGACGCCACCUCCCAAAUCUGUGCCUUUCACACACACACAAGGACCCUACAGCAACCAGCACCCCCAGCGCAGCGGAGGCAGGAAGGUCUUUUUUGUUUCCCUCACCCCCACCCCAAUCCUGGUGGCGCGGGGCAGUUGUGCCCUCUUGUCCUGGUGGCAUCAGCGUCUUGCCAUAUGUAUCCCGACAGCGUGCACUGCGCUGGGGGACUUGGACCUGCGUUUGGGGCCAGGGGGGCCUCUUCAGGGCCAGGUCAGGGUGCGGAAAGGGCCGGGGGCGCAGGGCAGCUGGUGGCGCCGAGAGCUCGAGGGAGCAUGGAAGUGAUUGCGGUGCCAUCCUGUCUGCUGCAGGAUGGGCUUCCAGGCCCCUCAGGGAAGCUUUUAUCCUCCUCAGGCCCCACUCCCAGCUCCCCCAGGUCUGUCUGCCCCACGCCUGGGGGUCCGGGCGGGGGCUGCAGACACCCCAUCCCUGCACAGCCUAUCCCACCACGUGCCGCAGCCCCACGUGCUCAGUGCAGCGGCAGCAUCUCCCAGCCCUGCAGCCCCCGAGCAACUCGCGAUCCCUGCCAGGGGCAUGGGGGUCCCCGCAGCGGAGUCCAUGGGGGGGGGGGGGGGGGGCGCGCAGGAAACCAGGCCCUUUUGCACAACUUUUAAUUUUUUUUAAUUAUUAUUAUUAUUAUUAUUAUUUGGGGGGUUUAAUUUCUUUUCCUUUUUUUGGCAUUGUGUUUGACAUCCGGUUUAACAAACGAGAAGAAAAAACAAAAAAAACCACAAAAAAACAAACAAAACAAAAAAAGCAAAGCUGUUUAAAUACUGCCAGCGGGAUUAUGCAGUGACUGAUUAAAAAUAAUAAGCUAAUUUUUGGAGAAAGGAUUAAAAAAAAAAAACUUUGUAAUAUUUAUCACUUGCAAGCUAUGUUUAAUAAAGAAAGGAAUGAUUUAUAACUUUU